CCUGGCUGGACAAGAGAUCGUAGAUGUUACUUCAAAGUUUGUCAUUAAUAUAGAAAUUCUCCCUUAAUGAAUACAAAUCUUUUUGUUGGUCAACUUUUGUUUGCAUAUUAGUACUGUUUUGUGUUUGUUUAGAGAUGCUCUGAGCCAAGUUCUAGAAAAGCAAUGAGUGUGUUUCACGGCAAAGGACCCACAUGUGUGUGUGGGGGAUUGGGGUUUCAGAGCGUGCAUUAAUAAAGGCCCAUCUUGUGCUCUUGCAUGAAUGAUGGUGUUAGGGACAAAAUUUUUUUUAGCACAGUGGCUUUCUUGUACUUUUUCUUUAAUGAUAAUAAGUGGUUUUGGUGCCCUGUGUCCUGUGAGGGUUUGAAUUUGGGAAUCUUCUUGGUGGGGGUUUUAAGGGAGGAAAAAAAUUAGUAGUAAGACUUUGGGUUUGUCUGUGAACAGCUGGGUGGUUUUGGGGGCAGAAGAUUGGAGGGGUUGACCUAAUUUGGGUGUCUGGUUGAGGGAUUUCUUUUGGGGCUGUGGCCUGUGGGAUUAGAUUUGAUUUGGGUCAUUUUUUUGGAAGUGGGUAUGUGUUAAUGGAGUGGUUUUAGGUUUUUUUUUUUUUUUUUUUUUUUUUUUUUUUUUUUUAUGGGUUUUGGACUGGGUUUUUGAAGGCAUAUAUACUGGUAGAUUUGGGGCAGUUUUGCUAGAAAAUUUAGUGGGGUUCUGCGAAUUCAAGUGCUGUUUUUGGCUGGUAUAUAAGGGAAGAAACCACAUUGUGGUGCUUUUUCAAGUGUCUGAGAGACUUUUACUUGGCUUGAGAAUUUCGGGUCUGGUUGUUCAUGGUUUUUCUCAGUGUUGCUUAAGGGCAAAAAUCAACUGGGUUUCUGUUUCUUCUACAAAGAUUUCUCUACUUGAAGCAAAGGGUUUUCUCAGUGUGAGAUAGAGGCCGAGGAGGUUUUAUUGUGUGAAAAUGGCUUGCAUGAAACUGGGAUCCAAAACUGAUGCAUUCCAACGGCAAGGGCAGGCCUGGUUCUGCACAUCUGGGCUUCCUAGUGAUAUUGUUGUUGAAGUUGCGGAGAUGUCCUUUCAUCUUCACAAGUUCCCUUUGCUCUCUAGAAGCGGGGUUAUGGAAAAAUUGAUUGCAGAAGCAUCUGAAGAAGGAGAAGAAGGAUGUGUCAUAAACCCUCCUGACAUUCCUGGUGGGGCUAAAACGUUUGAACUUGUGGCCAAGUUCUGCUAUGGAGUGAAGCUUGAACUUACGUCCUCAAAUGUUGUGUACCUACGCUGUGCGGCCGAGCAUCUUGAAAUGAAAGAGGAGUAUGCUGAAGGCAAUUUGAUUACUCUGGCCGAGACCUUUCUGAAUCAAGUAGUUCUUCGAAGUUGGAAAGACUCACUAAAGGCUCUGCAAACCUGCGAUGAUGUUCUCCCCUAUGCUGAAGAACUUAACAUUACAAAAAGGUGCAUUGAGUCGCUAGCUGCUAAGGCAUGUACUGACCCAAAUCUAUUUGGCUGGCCUGUUACGGAGCACAGUGGGCCCAUGCAGAGCCCCGGAGGGAGUGUGUUGUGGAAUGGGAUAAGUACAGGGGCUAGACCAAAGAAUUCAAGUUCAGAUUGGUGGUAUGAUGAUGUAUGUACUUUAAGUUUGCCUCUCUAUAAAAGGUUGAUUUCAGUCAUGGAAACUCGGGGCAUCAAACAGGAUAUUAUUGCUGGGUCCCUCACUUCCUAUGCAAAAAGGUACCUGCCAGGUUUCAAUCGGCGUCAGGGAGCCAGUGAGUCCAGUAACCGUCUGGCACCGGUGGCUAUGGGGGCUCCACCAUCAGAAGAAGACCAGAAGCUUUUCUUGGAAGAGAUUGAUAGGCUACUUCCAAUACAAAAGGGCCUAGUGCCAACUAAGAUCCUAUUUGGUCUACUUCGAACAUCCAUGAUUCUGCGAGUGAGCCAGUCUUGCAUAUCAAAUUUGGAGAAAAGGAUUGGAAUGCAGCUUGAUCAAGCUACAGUGGAAGAUCUGUUGAUGCCCAAUUUCUCUUAUUCCAUGGAGACACUAUACAAUGUUGACUGUGUGCAACGGAUUCUUGAGCACUUUAUUGACAUGGAUCAGGUUUCAGGUGGGGCCUCUCCAUGUGCAAUUGAUGAUGGCCAAUUGAUUGGCUCACCUUCAUUGACACCAGUCACAAUGGUAGCCAAGUUAAUCGAUGGGUACCUUGCAGAGGUUGCCCCUGAUGUUAAUUUGAAGCUCCCCAAAUUUCAGGCUCUUGCUGCUGCAGUUCCUGACUAUGCAAGGCCGUUGGAUGAUGGUCUUUAUCGUGCGAUAGACAUUUAUCUGAAGUCACACCCAUGGUUGGCCGAGUCCGAAAGAGAACAACUCUGCAGGCUGAUGGACUGCCAGAAGCUUUCCUUAGAAGCUUGCACCCAUGCUGCACAGAAUGAGAGGCUUCCGCUUAGAAUAGUUGUUCAAGUUCUCUUCUUUGAGCAGCUUCAGCUUAGGACAUCCAUUGCUGGCUGCUUUCUGGUUUCAGAGAAUCUUGAUGGAUCAAGACAGUUAAGAAGUGGGCUUGCUGGAUCUAAUGAAGGAGGAGGAGGAGGAGGAGGAGGAGGAGGCUGGGCCACCGCUGUGAGGGAGAAUCAGGUUUUGAAGGUGGGAAUGGAUAACAUGAGGUUGCGAGUAUCCGAGCUCGAAAAGGAAUGUACAAACAUGAGGCAGGAGAUUGAAAAGUUGGGUCGUGUAAAGGGUUCUAGUGCCUGGGGAAGCGUGUCGAAGAAAUUCGGGUUUAAGUUGAAGUCUCAGAUGUGCAGUGCUCAAGCUGAAUCUGUUAGCAAUCAGAAUACUGGUAAUGGGAAGGUCGAGAAGUUGAAGGAAAGGCAUGGAAAGAACAAGAAAAACUCAUCUCAUAUUGAAUAGACCACCCUUUCUUAAUUAUUUAUUAUUUUGUAUCAUUUCCUUUAUAAGUUCUUAUCAUUUGUAGUUCCACUUUCUUUCUUUUUUUUGUCCUCUCCAAGUUAGAAACAAAGAUUUCAUCUCCCCGCUUCUGUUUGUUUUCUUUUAGUUUUUCCAUCAUCUUAACCAAGUAUGAUAUAGAGAUGGAUGGAAGAAAGUGUAAUGUGUUUCUUGUAACUGAAGCAAGGGUCUCUCUCUGUGUACAAUUUAAUAACGUACGUCAAUGUCAAUGUCAAUGUCAAAGUCA